AUGGCAGAUGUUCUCGGGACAGUAGCUUCAGCUGUGCAAUUAGCUGGUCUCUGCCAGGAAUUAUAUUAUCUUUUGAAAAACGCGAGGCGCACAUUGCGCCAAUACAAGGACAGUGUCAAAGACCUCAUCACUGUCUCGCACGAGAUUAAAGAUACCCCGGUCCUCCAGACUCCAGAGAUCACAGAAAUCAUCAAGUCGCUCAUCUCCCUUAUCCACACCUUCAAAUUCAGCCACCAAAGGUUCGACAACCGUCUCAGAGCCUGCUGGGUACUUCUCAGGAAGAGGUCCGACUUGGACUGCCUAUUUGCCCUCAUAGAGACCAAGAAGACCAACAUCUCGCUCUUGGUGUCUACUGUGCAGAUAUCGCUCUUGCUAGACGUGCAACAAAACAUCGCCCAGAUGAACAACCAAUUCGAAUCGCUUUCCCCCACAACCCCUCAGCAGCCCAAAACAUUCUCUCAGAACCAUCAAAAACUUCCAGACACUCCUCCACUCACAUCCUGUCAAGUCGCCGAACAGGGCUCUCAAACACAUCAGUCACGUACACAUACUGGAUCUUCCUCAAGCACUGUAUCUCUCCCAAGAACUGAAUCCGGCAUGGGUAUCACACAAUCAUCUCAGUGGUGGGGGAUUUUGGGCAUGGGCGCAUCGCUGACAUCUUUACCAACUGGGAUGGGACAGCAGCGAAAGUCAACCAUGACAUUCGGCAACAUCAAGAUGACGGGAAGAGGUCGUCAGGUGAAUGGGUUUGAGACGGGUGCCAACCCUCAGCACGACACAGAACUGAAUUUUGGAGAUGUUGACAUGAAUGGAGAUCUCGAAGGUCGUCAGGUGAAUGGUUAUGCCUGA